CUGAUUUAGUCGACAAUUUGGGUAUUGUCAAGAUGUUCCUGGUGUUCUCAUAGAGCACUAUUACGCUGGUUCACUUCUAGCUUUUGUGCAACUAUGGAAUUCAUGUGUUCAUCUUGGAAGCUCUUCGAAGAUCAUCAUACCAAUGCGUCCAUCCAAUAAGGGGGCUCCAAUGACUAGUGAAUCUUCAGAUUGGUGGCCAUCCCAUCGAGAGAAUGUGUUGAGACGAAGUACCUACAUAAUUUUGAGAGGUCCGAGGAAGGAUGAUGCUUCCUUUUCAACCAAAGGAGAACAACAUCAGAUGCAUGUUCGAGGAAAGGUUUUUCAUUCUUCCAGAUCCAUGGUGACAUCGAUCAAUUCUCCGGAAAUUGUCAAAGUUGCUCCGAAGUCUAAAACUUUGAAAAGAAAGGGAACACAAGUGGACUGUGGAGUUGGGCAUCCUUUAUUGACCCCCAAAGAAGCCGCUGCCAUUGCUUCGGAUGCGAUUGAUGUCACUCUCAAAAGAAAGAAACCUUGUAGCUCACUGGACAAAACUAUUGAAAACUCACCAAGCAUUGUGCCGUUUUGUAGGGACACCUCCAAACCUUCUGCUUCAGCCAAUGAAGAUGGGAUCACUAGUGUAGCUUCUUGCUCAAAUGAGAGCAACGUUAGUCAGGAACAACAUUGGAAGCGUCUGAAGAAAAAGCCUUAGAAUUUAGGCGAACAACACUCUUGAGUUUGUUGAUUUGGAUUCCAUUAGCAUUGGUACCAUAAUCAUCGAAGAUGGGGCUGCUGGUUCAACAACGCCAUUGACUGAAUUGGCACACCAAUUGGGUCUUGAAGACAUUGGCAGUGAUAUAUUUGGUCAUGAUGUGUUUGAGGAUUGUACUACAAGCCCGAAUCCCUCUAGAUGAUGAAGGAUCCUCACAUCUCUCUUGAUGACUCCAAAGAUUAGGCUCCAAAUAAGAGUCCGUUGACAAAGUUGACCCCAAUUCUUUCAGAAAAUAUUGAUUUUUCACAACCUGCCUCAGCUACUGAUGCAGAGACUGGAGCGAAUCAGAUCAAAGGUUCUCACGUUUCUUAGAAUGUGGUACAACCUUUACAACAUGUUGCUUCAAAUUUUGAACCCCACGAGGUUAUUUCCAACUUCAAACUUUCUUAUGUCUCUGGGAUGUGGCGUACCUUGUGUGAAUGGAUUGCUCAGUUCUAUGAAGGAUCCUCGGAAAGUCUCAAAGAGUUGAGAAAGGUGUUGACUUGAUUCUUAAAGGGCUUCGAGAAGUUAACAUCGUCAACCUUUCUCCUUUGGAGGUUCUGCUUGAUUUUUUUAAGAAACACCGAGAUUACGAUGCUGAGAGGUUGUCUACUUCUCAAAAGAUAAUCAAAAAUUCUUAUGAAGAGUUACUUUCUGC